AUGAGACUCUUCACAGGCUUACCCAUUCGUGGAUCACUGAGAUUCACUAGAUACUUCUCAGGAGCUCGACUAUGUGGAAAAUCAGUAAUAAAUACGAAAAAUGAAGGGCAAUCUCGAUUAGAUGAUCUCAAUGUAAGAACGAUGAAAUCUCCUCGAAGUUCUCAAAAUCUAUCAAAAAACCUUAGGAGAGCGUUUGUUCCUCAUUUCAAUCUAACACGCUAUAAUUUUAGAGAUGAUUUAGAGAGUGUGCUGUUGAAAUGUUUGAAGGUGAAAUCUUGCACUACGGUUACCACUGCUGAAAGUUACGAUCUAUCCAAAUGUAUUGCACUAUUGCAUAGUCAGGGUUUCCAACCUGUCAGUUUAAUUCCUGACGAAAUUAUAACAUUUAGACAUCACUGUAAUGGUAGUACUGGUGAUAUCAUGAUAUUGGGUCAAAGUGGAUCUAUAAUAUGUUGGGGGUUUGAUGAAGCUACGGUGAACCAAAACAUCUUAAAGCUAGUCGAAGAUGCAAGGACAAAUCCUUUGAAUCCUGACGAAUUCGAAAGUGAAGAUAUGGAUUACGUUGAAUUAGAGAAUAAACUUCAACUAGAAUCAGUACAGUUAGAAUCUGCCAACCAUGCCGCCGUAAAGUAUUUAGAGACAAGUUUGCUAGUGGGAGAUUUAAUAUUGAUAAAUUCUACAGAUCCAGGUGCAGGAUUAUUACACAAGGCAGCGUUCUCUAGUGGAUUUUCGAGAAGUACAAAAUUAGCUGUAUUAGAGAAUGCUAUGGAGAGACAUAUUGUUGAAACCAGGAUCAUUACCGAGAAAGUUUCUAAAGGCGUUCGUUUAAAUUUGAAAAGAGGAGAUGCCCUGAAAUCUAUUGGUAGAUUAUUUUUAAUAAGAGGUAAGUUGAAUCUCUACUCGGAAUUAAUCGAGACUCCAGAUUUAUACUGGAGUGAACCCCAGUUAGAAAAAAUCUUUAAGGAAACCUCGAAAUACCUUGACAUCGGUCCCAGGAUAAACAUUCUGAACAGCAAAUUAGAUUACUCCACUGAGGAGACCCGUGCUCUUAUGGGCGUCUUAAGCGAAAAGAAUAGUACGGUAUUAGAACUGAUCAUCAUUUAUCUUAUCGCCUUUGAGCUUUGCUUCGAAUUAUACCACUUCUAUGAGAGAUAUUGGCUCGAUAGUAAAUCUCAACUGGACCAGAAGAAAGAGCACGAAACUUAA